AUGUUCAAACAAGAACCAGUCAAGCAGCCAUGUUGGUACACACCGCAUCGCCUUGUGGCCUACUUUUGUUUGGUGUUGCUCAUGACAUGGAUUGACCAGGGCCUCGUGGCGUCAAACCAAGGUGAAGCCCCCUUACUCACCCUGACCUUCACCUUUGUCGACGACGUGGCUCCCCGUGCCUCUGCCACGUUGUGGUUCGGCGUGCUGGGUUUGGCGCCUGUACUGGGCAUAGGGGCGGGCUACGUGCUGGCAGAGCCCCUCACUUCGGCGGCUGGCGGCAGUGGCAGCAGCACGGGGCUGCGCUGGGCCUUCUUUAUUGAGGCCUUGGUGUCUAUGCCCUUGACGGCCUUUGCGCUGUUCGCGCCUGCCGUACAUCUCAACAUGGCCACCAGCACGCCGCCUCCGAAACCCGCCACCGCCCGCUCAGUGGCCGCAUCCCCCAGCUCGGCCACCCCCACCGCCGCUAACCCCACCACCACCACCACACCAGGCACCCCAGCUUCUGUAGGGACCCUUGCGACCGGGCUGGUGCCCCCCCCCCUCUCCCUCCCCUUCGCGGGUGGGGGGGAUGGGGGUGUGCGCGAGGGAGCGGGUGCCAGUGCCAGUAGCGGUUCCGGAGCCCCCAUUACCGCCCAGCUGCAGGGGUCCAGGCGGUACCCGGGAGGCAUCAGGGGCUGUACGGCAUGUGGGGGCAACCUCCUCAGCGAAUCAGCCACAGCAGCAGGGGACACGUCCACGUCCACAUCGGGCCGCCCGCUCCACCCUCCGCCUCCGCCCCGGCCUGCCGGGAAAUGUGAGCACGUAGACCUGGAUCCGGCAGCAGUAGUCGGGGCCGUGUCGUACACGAAAUUGGAGGGCGGGCAAACACACACGCCGUGGAUCUUCGGCAUGGUGUCCUUCUGGGCGCCCAAGGCGGCGCAGGAGAUAUUUAGGCUGAGAGGUUCGGGACCUGAGUUUCUGAUCGGGGUCAUUGCGGUGGUGUCCGGGGUUUUGGGCACAUUGGCAGGAGGUGUCCUCCUGGACCGGUGGGGCUCCUCCCUGGAGAAUGGUUUCCGGCUGCAGACGGUGGCGGUGGCGGGGGCCCUGGUGUUCAUGCAGCUGGCGUUUCUGGCGGCGAGGUCGUUCACAGUGUUUUGCGUGCUGUUGUCCGCGGGCCUUAUCUCCUUAUUCGCCGUCCAGGCCCCCUCCUACGCCCUCAGUAUGUGGACAGUGCCGCUCAGGUACCGGCCCAUAUCGCAGGCCGCCAUCAUCCUGCUCCAACACGCCCUCGGGGAUGUGCCCUCUCCCCCCGCAACCGUUGCGCUGCAUGACGCGUUCAAGUUGGGCGGCAGUAGCGGUAACGGCGGUCGCAGUAGCGGCAGGGAGUGGCGGCUAAGUCUAGCCCUCUCCUCCGCGUACUUGGGGUUCGCGGUGGUGCUGUUCGGGGCGGGGACACUGCUGGCACGCAGGGGGAGGGCACUGGACUUCAGGCUGCAGCAGCAGCAGGGCCAGGAGGGAGAGGGCGAGCAUGGGCAAGAUGAGCGCGAGGAGGUGGAUGAAAGUCAAAUGUUGUGCGGGGUGUGCGGGCGGCGGGCGGGGUAG